CCCUUACUAACUCAAGCACCAAAAUUAAGCAAUGGCAAACCAAGUAGAAACCCUAGUUGCUAGUUCUCCAACAAAAACCCCAUCUGAAAAAUACUACACUUUCUUCAAAUUCCAUCUAACCGAUAUCGUCAAUAUAUAUCCCGCCGUUUAUAAGAGUGCUGAGGUCAUCGAAGGAGAGCUAGGGGUCGUCGGCUGCAUCACGCUCUGGACUUAUGCUCUCGGAGAGAUUUCAAUGGGGAUGAAGGUUCUAAAUGAAGUGAUAGAUGAUGCUACAAAAACCAUAAAACUGACAAUGUUGGGAGGAGAUGCGUUGCAAUUGUACAAGAGUUUUGCAUGCACACUUAAAGUGAGUGAGGGUUCGGCACAAUGGGUUAUAGAGUAUGAGAGAACAAGUCCUCUCACUCCACCUCCUCUGGCCUAUGUUCCCAUUUUAACGACUCUCAUCACUCUUGUGGAUGCCUACCUCCUCAUCAACUAAAAUUGCAAUGGGUUGGUUAUGUGUGUAUUGAUGGUCAUGACGACCAUUUUUAUUGUGUUAAUGUUAUGUUGUUUGGAAUGGUUAUUUGAUGCAUGUGUUAUGCAUACUAUGUAUUUUAAUUUUAUUAAAUAAAACCCAUUGUGGGGCAUGGUUUGUUGCAAA